AAUUCCGAACUUGUUACUGUGGAAAUUCUGAUAUUUUGUUAAAAUGUGGUACGAAAUUCUGCCCAGUUUCUUCAUUAUUACGGCUGGCAUAGGCCUGCCAGGCUGGGGCUUAUAUCACAUUCACAAUUUAAUACUAGGCAAUCACUUCAGACGCAACCUCAAUGACAGGUGGGACCGUCAAAUGUACCAGCGAGACCUUCGGUUAACUGGCAAUCCCUACAAAGUAGCGGGACUUGAAUCAAUUGAUUGAAGAGAUGGUGCAUUAGAAUAGACCUUUAUUAAAUUAUGUGCUAGAUUUUGUUGGAAUAAACUGGUUAUUAAUGUA